AUGGCGGAAGGAAGCAGUAGCCAUAGGAGGAGUGCAUUCUCCCCCUGGGCUGGCUGUGUUAUUGUCUGGUCAGUGGUCCGGCCUCCUGGACCAAUUGACACGGGCUUCGUGCUCUCAGUGUUGAGGAAUCAAGCUAGAAAAUUUGAUAUUGACUGGGAAAAAUGCAUCCGUGGAUACCAUGGCAGCGUCUUGAUUGUGGACAAAGGUGCUGGGCAGAGCAAGGUGGUUCUUGAUGAUUCGAGCAUUUGCGGUAGCUUCAGGAAUGUCAGGGGACCUUUACUUGUUGAGAGCUCCGCCCCGUUCAGCAGUGCCAGGGCUAAUGCCUGUGUGUGGAAAGGAAAAUGGAUGUAUGAGGUGACCCUGGAGACAUCUGGAGUUCAGCAGCUUGGAUGGGCUACUCUCUCUUGCCCUUUUACUGAUCAGAAAGGUGUUGGUGAUGCUGAUGAUUCAUAUUCCUUUGAUGGCCGGAGGGUGACUAAGUGGAACAAUGACCCAAAGCCAUAUGGCCAGCCAUGGGCAGUAGGUGACGUGAUCGGUUGCUGCAUCAACUUGGAUGCAGGAGAAAUCUCCUUUUACAGGAAUGGGACUUCUCUUGGUGUUGCUUUUGAUGGAAUUCGCAAUGUGAAACCUAAGAAGGGAUAUUAUGCUGCAAUCUCCCUCUCGGAAGGAGAGCGCUGUUAUCUGAACUUUGGCUCACAUCCACUCAGGUAUCCUGUUGAUGGGUUUGAUCCAUUGGAGGCGCCACCACGCUCUUGGUCGUUUGUGACAUAUCUUCUUAGAUGUCUGUUCCGAUUGCUAGAAGUUCACAACCUGGAGAAAUCUGAAUCAGCAUACUUUGAGAAACUGAGGAGGGUCAAAAAAUUCGCACCACUGCAAGAACUCUUUCGACCAAUUUCAGAAGGGAUAUGUGCAGAACUUUUCAGUGCUAUUGAAGUGAGCCAGGGGUGCCUUGAGUAUAUUGCCUGGGGCUCAUUGACCACUCUACUCUUAGAUGUUUUCAGGACUCGUGAGCCACAUGAUUUCUCAUGCCUUGAUCAGGUUCUUGACCUUUUCCUCCGGUUCCCAGGCUGCACUUCAUUAUUUCAGGAGCUCAUUGUGGCUCUUUCUUGCAUGUGCAAAGCUGCACCACUUGUGUUGACAGAAUGCCCGUAUUCUGGGUCAUAUCCAUUUUUAGUGCUGGUUUGCCACCUUCUGAGGCAUAAAGAUGUAAUGUGUUUAUGGUGGAAAGCAGAAGAUUUCGCUUUCUCGUUUGAAGGGUUCCUUACAAGGAAGAUUCCAAAUAAGCAGGAUUUACAGUGCCUUGUACCAUCUGUUUGGUGGCCUGGGUCUUCUGAGGAUGAAGUUAGCAUGACACUGACGAUGACAACACUCUCAGAUGCAAUAAAAAAGAUUGAGGAGAUGCAUCGUGAGCUUUGCAGCUUGGUAAUAUGCUUUAUUCCACCAAUGUCUCCGCCUCAGCCUCCAGGCUCUGUAUUUAGGUCCUUUGUACAAAGUUUGGUGCUGAAAGCUAGAGGUGGUGAUCAUAGGAUGGAUUUUCUAUGGAUUCUGCUGGAUCUAAGUCCAUCCUCUAAAGCGAACUGUGGGAAUGGUGUUGGAUUUCUUCACAAAGGUGGAAAGCGCAAGUUUCCAACACAAUUGCUUUUUAGGAAUGAUGCCUAUUACAGUGUAAUUCCUAGAAUCGGUGGACCACCAAGUAUUUUGAUGCAUCACCAAUUUGAUGCUGUGGAAAAUGAAGUACAAUGGGAUGAAGGCUGCAUGAAUGAUGAAGAGACACGUGUUACACACACUACAGUACAGAAGCCUUGUUGCUGCUCAGUGACAGAUGUUGCUGUUGGCCUAAGAUACAAAGAAACUGCUAAGUAUGUGCCAUCAACUUCAAAAGGCCCAUGUAAGCCUAUGCCUGAAAGGUCUGCUCAUGUAGCUGCUGAGUGCAAUGGUAGAGGGAACGGAACGUCAUUGUGCCAUGUACGAGACUGCUACCUGGCGCACGCCAUCUUCAAGGGCUACGGCGUGCGCCUCGAUGAGCGUGAUGUGUCCAUGCACCGUGGCUUCUGGGGGCCUGACAUGCUGCCUACGCCAAUCAGCGGCGGCGUCACCUUGGCAGACGCUGUGAUCUCCUGCAACACCGUGGCGACUGUGAAAACGCCAUUCCGUUACCUCAAUGGCAUUGAGGGGAACAAAUUAUCUAUAUGGAUGGCAGCUCGGGGAAUAAGGUACCGGGCCGCCCUUUUCUCCCAGUGGAAGCAAAGGGGAAUGUACGCAACUUGCAUGUGGGUCGUGGAGCUUCUUUUGGUCCUUAGUAACUCAAAUAACAUUUUCCACUAUGUUCCUGAGUUCUAUGUGGAAUCACUGGUGGAUUGUUUCCAUGCACUGCGAAGGAGCGAUCCUCCUUUUGUUUCCCCUGCAUUAUUUCUCAUGCAAGGGCUGGCCCCAUUUGUCACUCUGGUUGUCAAGCACUUCGAUGAUACAAGGAUAGUGAAUCCUGACUUGAAAGAUCUUCUUCUUCAAUCCAUAUCAGUCCUUGUACAAUACAAAGAAUUCAUGCUUGUUUUCGAAAACAAUCGGGAGGCUAUAAAUAAGAUGCCUAGAUCACUUUUAUCAGCUUUUAACAACAGAUCAUGGAUUCCUGUUACGAACAUACUUUCCCGGUUCUGCAAAGGCUCAGGAUUUGCUUCCUCUAAGAAUGGCGAAUCCUCAUCAUCUGCAACUUUUCAGGUUCUACUGAGGGAGACAUGUAUUCAUGAACAAGAGCUGUUCUUUUCCUUCCUCAAUCGACUUUUCAAUACACUCAGCUGGACAAUGACCGAGUUCUCUAUGUCCAUCCGGGAGAUGCAAGAUAAAAACCAGGUUGCUGAUUUGCAGCAGAGAAAGUGCAGUGUAAUUUUUGAUAUAUCAUGUUGUCUUGCGAGAAUCUUGGAAUUCUGUACCCGAGAGAUUCCUUGUGCAUUUCUCAUGGGACCAGAUAUGAAUUUGCGGAGGUUGACUGAAUUAGUUGUCUUUAUUCUCAACCACAUCAUAUCAGCAGCUGAUGCAGAGUUCUUUGACAUGACACUAAGACGGCCAGGGCAGCAUCAAGAGAAAACAAAUCGUACUAUGAUCUUGGCUCCUCUUGUCGGCAUUAUCCUCAGUCUUAUGGAAUGUAGCAGCACAUCAGAACAAAGGGAGCUAAAUGAUGUGAUUGCAGUGUUUGCAAGCAUGGAUUGCCCUGCCACAAUCCAUUUUGGGCUGCAGUACCUACUGAGCUACAACUGGAGCAAUGUUCUUCGAGGGGAUUCCUCCCUUGCAAAGCUAGCACAGCUUGAAGAGUUCUCCCAUUACUUCCGACGCAUUACAGUGUCUGUGGAUGAUGAAAAAGACCAUAGCAUUAACAUGGGUGAUGAAGAAGCAGAUGACACCUGUUGCAUUUGCUACAACUGUGAUUCUGAUGCAACAUUCCAGCCAUGCCAUCACCGGUCCUGUUUUGGCUGCAUAAGCAGGCAUCUCCUGAACAACCAGAGGUGCUUCUUCUGCAAUGCAGUGGAUGAUGAUAGUACCUGCCCAUACAUCCGCUUCUCCGAGAAGGAGUAUAUGGCCUUUGAAGCACGAGGAACGGAGGGUGCAAAGUAG